AAGAUGCCGCCACCGGUUCACGGUCCGUCGAGAUCGUCAAGGACAGCUGCGGAUUGGGUUUCUCCAUUGAGGGUGGUUUCGAUUCGCCGUUAGGCAAUAAGCCAUUAAUUGUGAAGAAAGUCUUUAUGGGCGGUGCUGCCCACAAAACCGGCCAAGUGCGCAAUGGCGAUGAAAUCUUAAGCAUUAAUGGCGCGUCUACAGCGAAAAUGACGCGUGUCGACGCCUGGAACUAUAUGAAGCAGCUACCCAUGGGACCAGUUAAGAUAGUAUUCGUUUAGAGCGAAUCAAAAGCAGAUACAAUUGUUAACAAAAACAAAAAAAAAUUGUUGUGAAAGCUGCAACGACUUGUAAUUAGUAUAUAUGUAUGUAUGUACGUUUGAAAAGCGCUAAAACAAAAACAACCACAUUAUUUAAUGUAUUAGUUUUAAGUUUUGCUUUACUUGACUUGAUUUGUGUCUGAAAUUUGUGCGAUUUAUUGAUUUUUGAUGAUUUAUUUUAAUUCCUAUAAUAUAUAGUAUACAUAUAUAUAUUUACAUACGGACA